AUGACCGAUGGGCCUACACCCACAGCAAUGAGAGAAAGAGGUGAUAUUAAAUUAAACGAGUGCAAGAGGGAUGCAACAAGAAUAAUGGAUGAAGGAAGAAACGGAAAAAAAUAUCUCCGUUUGGUGUGGAAUAAUAAUGAAAAAGAACAACUCAUCGGAACUCGAAUUCCUUCUACUUUUAUUUGGGAAUGGGUGCGGUGUGACGGCUGUAACGCUAACGCGCUCUACACGCAUUCUAUACAGUCUUAUUUCGCCAUUCGGAAAGAAGGUUGUUAUUACAAUGAGACGGAAACCGGACUAUCGAUAAAGUCAGAAAUACUAGAUAGUAUACAAAAGAAGAAAGAACAAGAAAAGGAUCAACCACAAAGUCCAAAUUUCCAGUCACAAUUGGCAAAACCAACCGAUAAGCAGCAAAUCCAUAAUUCAGAUGUACAAAACGCGAACGUUCCGGUGACGCAGAAUGUUCCUACACAACUUCUUUCUCCGUCACAUGGGUCUGGAUCUCCAGUCCAGUGUAAAGAGGAUGCCAAAGAUAAAACUAUAAAGGUUGCUAAUUCUACGACAAUAACACUCAUUGAGAACAAUAACGGAGAAAAAGAUAAAGACAAUAAUUACUCUAAAAAUUAUUAUACCUUAGAGCCUAAAAAUGAAAAGAAAGAUGAAUGUAAUAAAAACAGUAUCACUAUAACUAGGACUAUACCAAAACAAUCACCUAGUGGUGGACAAGUUGAUAAAUCUAAAGGUGCAUUGAAAGGUACCAAGAGGCCUCUUCAGUAUUUGGAGACUCUUGCUGAAAAAGCUGGAAUAACAUUUGAGGACAAAUACGAAGCAGCAAAUACAUUACUUGCUUUAGACAAACAAAAUAAUACAUUUCGCAGACCUGAGCUUAAACAGCCUAAAUCUGAACCAGAAAACCACUCACCGGGUGACGAAUACAGGUAUAGAAAUCAAAAAGAAGAUGAUGACAAAUUACAAAUACAUCAGCAGAUAAUACAGCAGCAGCAAUUGCAGCAUCUUCAGCAGCAGCAGCAACAACAGCAGCAACAACAACAACAACAGCAGCAGCAACAACAACAGCAGCAGCAGCAGCACCAACAACAGCAGCAGCAACAGCAACAACAACAGCAGCAGCAGCAGCAGCAACAACAACAACAACAACAACAACAGCAGCAGCAGCAGCAGCAACAACAACAACAACAACAACAACAACAACAACCGCAACAACCACAACAGCAAUCACAACAAGCAUCUCAGCCACAGCAGCCUAAACAGGAAAUACAACAAAUUUCUCAGCAGCAAGAAUUGCAGCAACAAAAAUUUUUACAGGUGGUAAACAACCAACCAGUGCACACACAACAGUUCAAUGUACCUGGGAUUGGUGAAAUAAAUCUUAGCUUCUUGACGUCCCCUCAAAAUAACGUUAAUCUUCUUUUUGAUAAGAACCAGAAGCCCGGCAUGAGUGGAGAGAUCAAACAGCAACAAAUAGUAGACGGUCAAUCUCAAGUGGUACAGCAGCAAAUCAGUAUGGCCCAGCACGAGCCGUCGCAGACUCACCACCAAACUGUCACCGUUGUGUCAUCCAUGCCCAGCAGCAUGGCACAGCAUCAAGUACAGCAACAAGCUAGUAGCGGUAUACAACAACAAGCAACUAUGCCACCCCUGCAAAGCCUUCCUUCGAACACGCAACACCCCCAACAGAUAAGUGCGGAGUGGGGCCACAGUCGAGUGCAAGUAAUCCAACAACCCCUUCAGAACAGCACCUACCUGCAACAACUGUACAAUGCUCAAGGGCCUCUUUUGAUGCCUGGCAACAUUGCUUUGCAUCCAGGAAUCAAUUCGCAGCAAAUACAAGUGAUCGCCGCAGGAAAACCAUUUCAGGGCAGCCAGCUCGCUCCUCACAUGCUAACCACGCAGGGCAAACAAGUUAUACAGGGUCAAACCGUUAAUUUUACAGGUCUAACUGCAUAUCAGGAACAAGCACCAUUUCCCGGAUACACGACGAUCCCAGCGAUACCUACGACUCAGAACCAGACGUUCGUGUUUAGUCCGCUGGGCGUGAUCAACUCUCAGCCGAGUAUCCUCCCCGCGCACUCGCAGCCCACCGUCAGUGGUAUCGGCCAGCAGCAGAAACCCGCUGAAAUGCAUAAGGUCAUGAGUGGCGGUAAGGUGGCGGCCACUAAGGUGGGCGGCGCGGGCGCACAGACCGUCCCAGUUCAAGCGCAAUGCGUUCAAGUGUCUCAACCUGUCCUCGGACAACAACCGCAGGCGCAGAUCAUCAGCCCAUUACAGGCCGGUAGUCAAACGAUGCAGUUUGCACCAUGGCAGAUAUCGGGGGCCUUACCUCAAGUAUGGACAGGUGGCUUGCAGGCCGGAACACUACCGGCCGGGGGAUUAUUGGCCCCCAACCCCAUCUUCAUCAGGGGCACGCAACCGGACGCCCAGCCGUCCAUGUUCAUACAACAUUCUCCGCAGAAUAACCUGCAACAUAACAAUGCGAGCGUGUGCGCUACCGGCAGCGCAACCAAACCGCGGGCGUCGUCCGACGGUCUCUCAAAGACCCCGCGCCCUCUGUCGAACAUCCUGCCUUCCAGCGGGAUCCGUCCGGCGUCGUCUGUGUCCACACAGACGAGUGCGAACCAGGCGCAGAACCAAGCUAAACAACGAGGUAAGCCUGGGGUUCGGUCGCCAGCUCCGGCAGCCAAGCAGGAUGCCGCCAACCAAACCAAUAAGAUGCAACAUCAGAUGCAACAACCUAAGCAACAACUUCUCGUGAUGAACUCAAGCGGCCAGAUGACGCAGAUAACGACCGACAAGCAACCGCUCGCUAAAACAAUACAACAGCAGGCAAUGUUGCAACAGCAAGCAAUCCAGCAGCAGCAGCAGCAGCAGCAACAGCAGCAGCAAUUAAUCCAUCAACAACAGCAAACCCAACAAAUGGUUCAGCAUUACCAACAGCAAGGAAUGACAUUGGGGAUGCAGCAAGGGACUCUACCAGUAGGUUCCGUGUCUCAAACGUUGCCCAUGACUGGGAUGCCACAAACUAUAUCAAUGGUACAGCAAAUACACCCUCUAAGCAGCAUGGCCCAAGCUGGAACGUUAGUAGGACAGCUCAAUACGAAUCAGAACCCUCAAAACACAUCGCUGACUCAAGUGCAGACUUUACAGCAACAGCCACAGACAUUAGUCGGUAGUGGACUGGUACAGAACUCUCUGGCCAUGGCGGUACAGCAACAAGCCGCUAUGAACCACAACACACAGAUGCAAACCGGUACAGUAGGACUGAUAACUACCCCGGUGCAAGGUUCAGUACUGCCGCUGCAACCCCAAGCUGCACUGGUCGCGCACGUUAAAAACGAUGAGGACAAAAAUCAGCAAGUGCAACAAUCGGCGAUGGUACAACAGCUAUCAACUCAACCAGAGACUGGCGAGGGCUCGCUAACUGAGUCGGCUUCGACUCCCGCUCCCAGUACGACGACCGCCAGUGUCACCGCUGAUGCAGCUGUCUCUACCACUACAUCUAUAGGGUCAGGUCCCAACACGCCGACCGAGGUGUCGAAGGCCAGCGGGGCGGAAGCGUCGGCGGCGAGCGAGUGCGCCUCGUCCCCUUCGUCCGCCGUCGCGCCGCAGGUGGUGACGACGUUAGCGUGUUCGAGUUCGUCAGGAAGUAUUACUUCAGCGAUCAGCUCACCGGGCUCAUCGCCUGCGAUAUUCAAAACUUCUCAAUCGUCGAGCAGACACAUCAACCAGCAAGCCAUCCACGAUAAGGGUCUUCCGAAGGCCAUGGUAAAACCGAAUAUUUUAACACACGUCAUUGAAGGUUAUGUUAUUCAGGAGGCCGGUGAACCAUUUGCGGUAAAUAGACCUCUGCGGGAAUGGUCUGCCACUGACAAGGAACAGGACAAGGAGAACAAACUACCGUCAUCAGACGAACCGCCCCGUAAGAAACAAAUGCUAGACAAUGGGUCGAGCUUGCCUCGAAUUAGUUCUAGUAACGAGGUAAGCGAGGCAAGUAAUGCGAGCAAGGUGGACGCGACCAGUAGUGACGCGGUGGACGCGUCCGCAGUUGACGAUGUACAGCCGAAGAUACCCAACGCUAACAAGUGGACUGUGUCGGAGGUGUGCGAGUUCAUCCGCAGCAUACCCGGCUGCGCGGGCUACGCGGACGAGUUCCUCAUGCAGGAGGUGGACGGCGAGGCGCUGCUGCUGAUCAAGCCGGAACACCUCGUGAUGGCGCUGUCCAUGAAACUGGGCCCGGCGCUGAAGAUCGUCGCCUGCAUCGACUCGCUGCGGCCGGAGAGCGACCACGCCGCGCCCGACCACGACUGAGAAUUAUUUUAAGGUCCAUUUUAAAUGGAUCUCAGAUACACAAGUGUUCAUUAUAACUAUAUUAUAUCUCUAAGAAUUUUGAGAACUUUAACAACCUAUGUACCUUGACAGUAAAAUUUGUAAAUAGUAAGUCUUUUCGGCCUAAGAGGAUAUAAUUUUCACUAGCGCGUAGUGACGGUUUCACGUUGUUGGCUUCAUGUGUAAAUAUAUGUUUAUGUAAGAAUUUAAAGUUUAAGUGUUAAAAUAAGUCGGACAUAAGCAUUACGAAAAA